GGCCUUUGGUAUAACUCAAAUACAUACACAACAAGGCGAGUUGAUACCGGAACACUUCUCACAAUGCUACUCUCUCGCAUCUCACGGCCAAUGCCGCUGCAUUCGAAACUUAUCACAAGGCCAAUGGUUCUAUGUAGCCGAUGCAUCUGGUCGGCGACAUCAGUGAGUUCCAGAAACCAUGAGCUGAGAAGAAGGAAUAUCUCACCUGUGCCGCUCGCUUCUUUUUUUCCAAGACGGCUCAGCCAACAAGCAGGUAAAGAGACAGAUAAAAAUGUAGCGGAGAAACCUAGCAGCACCCCGGCCAUUCACGAGGACAUCUACACGAUACCAAAUUUCCUUACUGUGACACGAAUUGUUGCAAGCCCAGUCAUAGGAUACCUGAUACUCCAAGAUGCGCACACCUGGGCCGUUGGACUGCUGGCGUACGCUGGCAUCUCAGAUCUAGUGGACGGAUGGAUAGCGAGGAGAUGGAAUCGCAGAACAGUCGUGGGGACAAUCAUUGAUCCAAUGGCGGAUAAAAUCCUCAUGACUGUAUUGACAGUAUGCCUGGCUAUCAAGGGGGCAUUACCAAUCUGGGUUGCAAGCAUUAUCCUGGGCAGGGAUGUUGGGCUGGCCAUUUCAGCCAUCUACUAUCGCUGGAUUUCGUUGCCACCACCGAAAACGUUCAGCCGAUACUGGGACUUUUCACUGCCAUCCGCCGAAAUCCGACCUACAACAAUCAGCAAAUACAAUACUUUCCUCCAACUGGCCCUUGUCGGUCUCACAACAGCAGCACCGCUGAUAAGCGUUGAUUUGGCACCGACGCUUACAAUUUUGCAAUAUGUGGUAGCUACCACUACGAUUUGGAGUGGAGCGAGUUAUGUCUUCUCAAAAGAUGCAGUCAAGAUACUGAAUAAGCCAUGAUUCAAGCACGAGACAUAUUUUCAACCAAGCACAUAAAUAUACCUGUAAUAUAGAAUUCAUGCGAGGGUAAUAAGCUUAGAAGGAAGAAUCAUUUAAGCAAGACUAGUUACCUCAUUGUGUUUAUACAUUAAAAACCACACGAGUAAUCGUU